CCGCCUCCUCCCAGCUCAUACGCUCUACUAGAUCAUCGACAAAAAAACAGCGAGAGGAUGGAGCGACAUUAGGUAGCGUGCACGCGCUCGCGCAGACGUUCCAUCCUGUCGCUGCUUUGCAUCCUCACCUGCAGUGGCCGUCGUGUACGCUCCCUCCCUCCUCCCUCCGGGCACACGCAUGCACCUAGCAGCAGUGUCAGCGAGGCGUCGAGUGGCUCCAAGACGGUAGAGGAGCAGCACGACGCGGCCACACGGUGGACGAGCAUGACGGUAACCAAGAACGCUCGGCCACCAUGUCUAAAAACACGGUGAAGAAGCUGCACUGGCGCUCCAAGGUGCAAGAGAGCUUCGUACCGCUGGGCGGCAGCUCAGGUGAGCUGGGGCUGGCCAUCGGUGGCGGGGCCGACUAUGGCGAGUUUCCUUUUGUGACAGUGGCUCCCGGGGGCGGGGCCACUGUGGGCGACAUCAUCUUGGAGAUCGGCGGCACACCCGUGUUAGGGAUGACACUUGGCGACGUGCGAGGUGUCCUAAACUCCUGCCCUCAUCCAAUCAGGAUAAAGACCGUCUCACCAGGUUCAUCACUGUGCAAAGAUCUUCGCCUGUACCUCAGUAAGUGUUUCACGCCGUCCUCCAUGGACAGUCAGCUACAGCAGCUCAUACGGGAGAACCUCUAUCUGCGCGCCGUGCCCUGUACAACUCGGCAGCCUCGCGAGGGGGAGAUCAGCGGAGUGGACUACAACUUUGUGUCCAUCGAAGAGUUCUUCUCUCUGGAGGAGUCGGGAGCGCUGCUGGAGAGUGGAAAGUUCAAAGGCAACUACUACGGGACGCCCCGGCCCGUUCACAUAGGUCCCGACAGUCCACCAAUCACAUACCAGGAACAUCGAAACCUGCUGAGGAAAUUCAGGACCAGAAGCAAAUCUCUCAGCAACCUGGAAAAAACUGUAGAAGAAGACAACAGUGAGGAGGACAGUGGUCUGUCUGGAGGGUCAGCCGGAGCCCUGCCCGCCACGCUACCUCUCAGCCAAUCGUGGGAGUCUACAUUGGUGAGCGACAAUGAAGGACGAAGAGGAAGAGCGCCUGUGGCCGACACGUGGGACGGUGGGGACACCUUCUAUGCCGAUCACAUGUCAAAGAGCAGCAGACAGGAUCUUCGUGCUCAAAACAAGGAGACAACAUCCUGCUUGCAGCUUCCAGAGUUCACGGAUCAGCCGAGUCAGCUGAGAGGCUUUUCCGUGCACACGCGUCUUUCUAAAGGCCCGCGAGGCUUCGGCUUCAACAUUGUAGGAGGAAGUCGAGCACGGGAGUUCCUGCAGGUGUACAGCGUCACACCUGGAGGCCCACCCAGUCUCAAUCAAGCUGACAUCCUGGUGUACAUCAACGACACGUGUGUCCUGGGUCGCUCGCACAAGGAGGUGGUGGAGAUGCUCAAGUCGGUUCCGAUGGGUCAGAGUGUGGACGUGGUUCUGAGGAGAGGAUACCCGAUGCUCUACAACCCGGACGGCUGCCCCAAACACAACCUGGAUACGCCACAGACUCCUCCUCCUAAGCAGAAACGCGGGCCGCUGACCUACAGGCACGUGCAGGAUGGCAGCAGCAGCGCCUCAGGACUCCACCAAGCCCCGCCCUCCUAUUCAACUCAGCCAAUGACCAAUGGGCUGACGGGUCCACCCACUCCCACUUCCUCUGACCCCCCUGUGGCUCCUCCUUCCGCAGAGAGGAUGUCAGCCAAUCACAGCGACUCUGACAGCAGCACCCGAAGGUCUUCCGUGAUUGGCUACAACAGCAGCACCCUUCCUGUCCUCUCCUCCUCCUCCUCACUCCUCCAGCAUCAGAGUUCCAAGUCUUCGGAAAGCGACUUGUCCACAUCGACGCUCCCGAUCACAUCCUCGUCUCACGCGCUGUCCAAACUCGCUCAGCCUGAGACGCCGCCUCCCGGCGGCCCCGCUCAGUGGCCCCCGAUGCCACAGACCUGCCUCCCUCCCAUGCCGCCUCAGGAAAUCCCAACCUGUGGUUUCAACGGGUGCCCGGCCAAUCACCAAGUGCCGCCGCAGGGCCCGCGUGGGAACACAGACCUGGCACCCACUCCGACUGCAGGGACGCCCCCCGCGAGCGAGCUGGUGCCCGUGGCGCUGGGGCACUGCGAUAGCGGGGGUCUGGGUUUCAGUAUCACAGCAGGGGGGCCGGGAGGUCAACUGGCGGUUGUGAGGCGGGUCUGGGACCGCAGGCAGUGCCCCUCCUUGCAGGCGGGGGACACUGUGGUCAAGAUCAAUGGCGCUGACGUGCAGAACCUCAGCUUCUCCCAGGUCCAGAAGGUUCUACAAGACCACUCCAAACAGGGGGAAAUGGUUCUCCUGGUUCACAGGCGAGCUCCUGUGGUCACACCUAACUUGUACAAGCCCCUCCCUUCCUCACAUGGCCUGACCAGCCCCCCAUCCCAGCCCUCAACUUCUGCCAACUUGCCUUCCCCGUCCUCUGGGGCAUUUGUGGGGGGCGUGCCCCCUCUCAGCCAGGCAGGCUUGGCCAUGGAGGCCCCUCAAGAAGGACACUUGCCAGCUGCAGGAGCGCUUCCCACCCAGCCCCCCAACGGUCCCCUCGUCUCAGGCCUCAUCCAGAGCACCAGCUUCCUGGACUCUGUUCCCGUCACCUUGACCUUGGAGCCACGUGACCUGCAGAGGGUGGAGGAAAGUGUGGGGGGGGCCAUCAGAGGGGCGGCCGCCAGGGACAAGAGCGGGGGGAGGACCGUGGAGGUGGAGCUUAGGCGGCGGCCUGGCGAAGGCUUUGGAUUCGUCAUCGCCUCCCAGGAAGUCAACCGUGGCGCUCCUCCCACCUCUCUGAUGUCUCACCGCUUUGUGACGGUGAGACGCGGCAGUCCAGCCGCACGCAGCGGACUCAUCCAGCCCGGAGACCAACUGGAUGCCGUGGAGGGACGAGCGGUGACGAGUCUCCAGCACAGAGACCUGGCGCAGAUCCUGAGGAGGGCGGGAAACGCGCUGAGGCUCAGCGUGACGCCACGGCCACAGACGGAGGCAGCAGAUGUGGACAUAGAUAACCACUUUCCAAAGGCAUCCGGAGGGAGGUCAAAGGACGAGUCGAGGUUCUACACCGUGGAUCUGGAGCGAGGACCCACGGGUUUUGGUUUUUCUCUGAGAGGAGGCAGCGAGUACAACAUGGGGCUCUACGUGCUGGGACUCAUGGAGGGGGGCCCGGCCCAGCGCAGCAACAAGAUGCAGGUGUCGGACCAGCUGGUGGAGAUCAACGGCGACAGUGCGACGGGAAUGACACACAGUCAGGCGGUGGAGCAGAUCCGGCGAGGAGGGCAUCGCAUCCAUCUGGUCCUGAAGAAAGGAAACGGCUACGUCCCAGAUUACGGCCUUGAGGAAGACUCAUCCUCCCACCCCUCACAUGAGGAGGAGCAGGAGGCUGUCACCAUGACGACCACCCCCUACAGCACACACUGGGGAGGAGGAGACAAUAGGAGGAGGACCACCAGAGGAAGCAAACCAAGAAACAGAGGAGGACGACGGCCUCCUGAUCUGGACCUGGACCUAGUGGAGGAGGAGACCAAGGAGGAGGAGAGGAGAAAGAUGAGAGAGAAGAGGAAGAUGCGGAAGGAGGAGGAGAAGAAGAGGAGGAAGAUGGGAAAGGAGAAGAGCGACGCAAAGCAUUGUGGGAGCUCUGGUGCUCCUCAGCAAGUGGCCUUCUCCUUCCUGAUGCCGCUGGAUGCUGCUGAAGACCAGCGCCUGUCCGACAGCCAAUCACACGACAGCCAAUCGGGGGCCGACACAGCACAGGUUUUUGAUUGGGGGAGAGCUGGGCUGACGCAGCAAGAGGUGCCAGGCCCCUGGUUGGAGCCCAGCCCACACAAACUCAUGCAGGUUCUGACUGGCCGUCGUCUCGGUGGGCGAGGCCGAAUGGCUGGACUCUCUCUCUGAUUGGAUGUCGGCACAGCUUUGUUUUUUAGACAUUUAAGGGCUUUUCUGGACAAGAACCGCCUCUUCCUGCAUGUGAUUGGAUGCUGAGGAGCAAACUGGCUGGUGGACGAGAAAAGAGGCGUGGCCAGUAAAACUUUAAACCAUAUGCAAAGAUCUUGGCUGAACUUUGACCCCACCCCUUCCAAGCAUGUCAAUCAUUUUUUAAAAUUUUUCUAAACUGAAAUGACAUUAUUAUGAUGAUGACAAAAGAGUAUAGAAACUACUUGCUUGCUUGUUCUGGAAAAACCUUUAGAAGUUGAACUAGAGCCAUAUACACACACGCCCAGUCCUGCUGGCUGUCAGUAUUCUCAUCGCUACGGUGAUGCAGCCCAAUGAACAAUUUGUUUCUAUAGCAACAGCCAAUAUGGCCGACAUCCUGCAGCUGAGUGGUAACAAAGUGCCUCGUUUACUUCAGCCUUCACCCACAAGAUGUCUCCCCCCCAACCUUUGUCAUGUCCACUUCUUGUCUCUGUGUCUUUUAUGGCCUGAUGAAACGUUUAACAAAUUAUUAAACAUGUCAGUUUUCUUCUGGUUUGGCUUGAGGAAAAACUACAAGUCCCAUAAUGCACUGCGAUGAGGUCCCACCCCUCUGCUGACUCCUCCCAGUCCUAUGUGACUGUCAUGACAUACUUAAUGAAAUCUAACAUAAAUGAGCAGGAAAGGGGAUGAUGAAAGUGACCUUUUAAUGUUAAUGAGCGAUGCCGCCACUGGCGCGCACGUGUUGUUCAUCUACGAUACUUUCAUUGGACCAAUCACAGGCAGGAGGCGUGUCUCCACAGCAGCGCAGGGUUAACGACGCUGUUCUUCAGGGGAAGGUCAGUUGAAAAGUCGGAGG